GGUAGAGCAACCGAACCGAAUGGGGGCCUGCGAUGACUGCGCAGGCGCCGCCAAUACAGGCGGGGCCGGAAGGAGAGACAGGGCGCCGCCAUGACAGGUUGGGCCUAAAGGGAAUGGAAUGGGCCGCUUGGCGGCUCUGCGACCGGAAAAAACGAGGCAAGGACAGCGGAGUUGGGCGCCGCCAUGACAACCUGUACCGGAAAAGGCGGGACUCUCCUCCCUGACUGAUUCCCUACCGGCAGCGGCCUGGAGAUCCCACCAUGUCCCACAGGCAGGCAGCCCUGGAGGUCACUGCUCGCUACUGUGGCCGGGAGCUGGAGCAAUAUGGCCAGUGUGUGGCGGCCAAGCCUGAGUCCUGGCAGCGGGACUGUCACCACCUUAAGAUGAGUAUUGCUCAAUGCACGUCCUCCCACCCAAUCAUCCGUCAGAUCCGCCAGGCCUGUGCUGAGCCUUUUGAGGCCUUUGAGGAGUGUCUUCGACAGAAUGAGGCAGCCGUGGGCAACUGUGCAGAGCAUGUGCGCCGCUUCCUUCAGUGUGCCGAGCAGGUGCAGCCACCACGCUCACCCUCAGCGGUGGAGGCAAAGCCACUUCCUGCCUCCUGAAGACUCUUUGAACCAUAGGAAAACUGGACCUGAGAGACUGGCCAUUUGAUGCCCCCACGCCUGAAGAGUGGCCAGGUGGAGUCAUGAGGGGCCUGGAUGGGAGUCUGGCUUCUCUGGACAGCAGGACUCACAAUAAAUAAAGACUCUGUAUACCAGACUUUGACUUCUGCCUUCAGCAGCUGAGGGGAAACUGAGGGGAGAGCUGGCUGGGCGGAAACUCCGCUCCUCUGUUCCCCAGCUUCAUGCAGUGUGCCUAGGAAGGGCCUGCUCACCAGGGUUAAGACGACCCCUCUUUCCUCGUUAACUCUGCCAACAGCCACUUCCAGUCUCCUGCCGCACAGACAUGGGAAAGGGCUCUUUCUCGAUUCCACUCGAGCGUUUACCGAGUCUUUAUUGAGUGUUUCCUUGAGGUUUAGGGGGGCAAUAAUAUCACACUUCUUUUCCUCCUGAGGUUUGAGCCAGUUGUGUGAUAGACCUGGGCACUAGGCAGUGGGAAUGAAAAUACUGGCUUUAUUACUGGGAACAGUGUGGCUUAGAGUCCGCUGUCCUGGACUUCUCUUCUGUCUCGGUUUGUGUUCUUCCAGAAUCCAACCUUGAGAAUUGGAGUGCAGAUAGAAUAUUUGGAAUGUGAUUCCAGAAACAUUUGGAGGGGAGUGGAGAGGUAAGACAGAGGAAGGCAGCCAAUAAAAGGUGCGUAAUCAAGCCAGUUACCACAGUGGGUGAUGGGCUCAAUCUAAGGGGCAAGGAGGUUGGGGUAUAGAUCACGAACUGCCCAUCUGUCAUUGGGGGCAGUUUUCAUGCGCAUUGACCGUCUUGCACUUCUGCCUGCCCCAUGUGUGGUCACGUGCCCUGCCAUCACACGAGCCCUGAACGGAGAGUAGCCAAGAAUCAAGUAAGCAACGUUCAGCACCCAGAAGAGUGCUGAGUGGACGUGGGUGGGGAUCAGCAGUGGCUGCGGCAGCUUCUCAGUUUCUCCUCAGGAGUACAUGUUCUGUGGGCCCGGCUGGUUGAUCACCAGCUCCCCAGCAGGGGCAGGUCCCAAAGGGCAGAGGGCAGACAGGCACGGAUGGGGGAGAGAGAUGAGAGUCCUGGGAUCGAGUCCUGCAUCAGGCUCCCUGCCUCUGCCUCUUAUGAAUAAAUAAGUAAGUAAAUCUUAAAAAUCGUUUCUAUUCCUCUGUCUGUUUUGAUGAAUUGUAUUUAGGGAGUUUUCACAUGAUCUGAAUUUUCAAAUUGCUGUAAAUUUGUU